AUGUCUGCCGUGACAAAGCUGCCCGAGGGCCCGCUGAAAACCGAUGCCCACUUUCCGUUCUAUGCCGUCACCGGCAACUCAUCGUCCGCUAUUUCGCCUUUGACCUUGCCAAGAGGGACCGUGGGAUGUUUCGACCACAUGGCAUCUGCCAUCCAUACAUCGCUCAACGGCGCACCCGCCACGGGCUCUAGAUCGAACCAAGUCUACUCACCGCUUUCUCCUGGCGUGCGAGGGCCAUUUCCGACCUACUUGCUCCCGGUCGCGCAGCGCCGUUCGACCAGCCUUCCGCCCAAAGCCGGAAACAGUAAAGCACCGCCAGUCGCAUCCAGUAACGGCGAGCGGCCGACCCGGGCGUUGGAACGAGUCGGCGGUCCUAGUAUUGCCGAUUCGAGUCCCGUAAUUUCUCCACAAUACAAUUCGCCAGAGUCUGCUAUAGUUCGGCGCCUGGCCCAACAAAACCGCCAGAUACGGGAGGCAUGGGAGGCAGAGCGCAAGUAUCUUGAAGCAAAUCGAGAACGGGCCGAGGAGGUUUACAAGGAGGAGCGUGCUUUGAUGGAGGAGGAAAGGGCCGAAUGGGAAGCCGAGAAGACGCGGCUGUUGCAGGAAAUCGACCGGCUCCAACGCCAGGUCAUAGCGCUUAGUGGAAGCAGCCCCCGAGCGGCCACCAACGGCGCCUUCCAAUCGUCCACAGCUGGGUACCUGUCUAGCCCUCCGCUCCGCGGCGGAGGCUCCUCAACUUCACCCCAGAGCCAAACGAGCGCACAGCCUUCACGUAUAAAUACUUUCUCAACUGCCAACGGCGGCGGAUUCGUCCUUCCUAGCAGAGAUCCGCCUCCACAUCAACAUUUUCCGAUCUCCUCAACCAGCAUGAAGUCCCCUUCCGGCACGGCGCCCGGUGCGCCCAACAACACGGUUCCCGACUUUUUAGUUCCGAGCAUAGUGUCUGAAUCCGCGUCCGAGCCCGGGCGCACGCGUCUGGUGGAUGUGCAGGACAUUGACCCAGCGCUGGAAGGCAUUCCCAUCAAAGUUUCCGCCAUCACCAAGCCCACUUUUACCGAUCCUCCGUCAGCUAGCCCACCGAAAGAAAACGGCAGCUCGGUCGUCUCGCCGACAGGUCUUGACCCGGUCAAGAUCAAGCCAGGGACAAAGAAGGAGACGCUGCAGGUGUUGGCAGCGAACGAGUCGGCCCGGCUCACCAUGCAUGCCGGCCAUACGCCGAGCCAUUCUCUUUCUCUGCUGCCGACAGGCAUAGCGACUGCCAGCAGCAGCGAUGACGGUUCUAGCACCCCAACCAUGCAGCAAGAGGACGGUGCAGCAGCCAGCGAAGAUGCAGCAGCCAAUGAUGCCUCGGCACACGCUGCGGAACCACACCCGGCAUUUCCAGGCCGGAAUGGGCAAGAAGUGGUUGACGGCCAUCCCGAAGAGAUCUUUGAGCCCAGCGAGGACCGUAGACUGAAAGGCCCGCUCAUGGUCCGGAAUAUGCCCGCGAACGACGAGAUCUUUUUCCAGAAGCUGUCGGACAAGCUGGAAGAGGUCUCAAAGGACGACAAGGCGGCUUUGCCUGCCGUCUUGAAGGAUGCCCAAGGCGACGGCGCUAUUGCUGUUGAUGAUGCCGAACCCGCAAUCGACGAGGAUAGCUCGAAAAGCGAUGACGAGGACGAAGCGGCUGUAGACGUUCCGUUGCGGCUUAGGCGGCCCAUGAAUUUUGGAGCCCCUUUUGGCGAGAUCAAGUGCCCCAAUAGGUUGGCCGCCAAGCAAGCGAACUGA